CAUCCUCUUUCUCUUCAGCAUGGCAUUGUGCCCAUCGUGGAGCCUGAGAUUCUGCCUGAUGGUGACCAUGACCUGAAGAGGUGCCAGUAUGUGACCGAGAAGGUUCUGGCUGCCAUGUACAAGGCCCUGUCAGACCACCAUGUGUACUUGGAGGGCACUCUGCUCAAACCCAACAUGGUGACCGCUGGGCAUUCGUGUUCCCAGAAGAACACCCCUCAGGAGGUCGCCAUGGCCACUGUCACAGCUCUUCGCCGCACCGUUCCUCCCGCUGUGCCUGGUGUCACCUUCCUGUCUGGAGGCCAGAGUGAGGAGGAGGCCUCACUCAACCUGAAUGCCAUUAACCAGUGUCCCCUGAACAAGCCCUGGGCCCUGACCUUCUCCUAUGGUCGUGCGCUGCAGGCCUCUGCCCUCAAAGCCUGGGGUGGCAAGAAGGAGAAUGGCAAGGCCUGCCAGGAGGAGUUCGUAAAGAGAGCUCUUAACAACAGCCUGGCCUGUGUUGGGAAGUAUGUGUCCGCAGGAGAUAAGGGUUCUGCUGCUGGAGAGUCUCUCUUUGUGGCCAACCAUGCCUACUAAUCACCAGGAAGCCUUUUCCAUUUCAAUCCUCAUCAUAUUCCUAAAGAAUUAAUGAACCCCAACGCAUCUAUACUCUGAACUCAUUAUUUGACCCAUUCCCUUUUUCUUUCUAGUGUUUGUUACUUUUCCAUGUGUGAAAACAAAACCAUGAAACUAAGAGAUCAUACGUUUUUGCCCUAAUCUCCUCCCUCUUCCUUCUUUUAAUAGCACUCCAAUGUAUUGUAAUGUUUACCUCUUUAGAGAAAUGUUGCUCUUGUACUUGUAGUACUUAUAAUAACUGUAUUUGACUUGCACAAAGCACAUAUACCUUUCAGGGGUAUAUUAUUGUUGUUAUUGUUUAAUAUGAUACACACUGGGGGAAAAAAA